AUGACUCACUUAACUCAAGAAAAGGAUGCGGUAGUUCGACGUCUUAGUGAUGAUAUUAAUCAAUUUAAAACAAGUCACCAUUUACCUGAUGAUCUUGAAUCAAUGUCUGACGCAAUUGGUCAUCUUCAAAAGCAAGCACAGGAAGUAAUGAGUCAAAAACCUAAAUGGCCAUCAUAUUUCCAAGGGCAAAUGAUAACCAAAGAUGAUUUUGACUUUAUCUCUAAUUUUGAUGUAUUAAAUGCAGAAGGAAGAACUAAACUUUUAUCGGAUCCAAACACAAGAAAUCAAUGUGCGAAAACGUUCUUAACAUUAAUGGCAAAAUUAUUUAAACAACAAACACUAAGAUAUUUACUUACAUUAAUGGAUCAAUUUCUUCGAGAAGACAAAAGUCGAGUAGAAAUAUUUAAUACAUACGCUAAAAUGAAAAAAGAACAAUUGUGGUCGUAUUUUUUUAAUAUGUUUGCCAAUCAAGAUCAAUUUGUUGUUUAUCAAACAAGUCGAAUUCUAGCAAAACUUGCUUGUUGGAGUGCUGAACGAAUGCCAACAUCCGAUUUAUCCUAUUAUUUAGCUUGGCUAAAAGAACAACUCAAACCACAAGGUAACGAAUAUUUACAAAGUGUAUGUCGAUGUUUACAAAUGAUGUUACGCAUUGAACCAUAUCGAGAAGCAUUUGUUGCUAUUGAUGGCAUUCCAAGUAUUAUGCACGUAUUGAAUAAUGGUUCUGUUGGUUUUCAAGUACAAUAUCAAUUGAUAUUUUGCUUAUGGGUACUAACAUUUAACCGUAAUAUUGCUACGAUAAUGACCAAAUAUACUGUCAUUCCACGUCUCAGUGAAAUUCUUGCAGAAACUCAAAAAGAAAAAGUCACACGCAUGAUUGUAGCAUUUUUAAGAAAUCUACUUGAAAAGCCCGAAAGUGACAAAAUAAUUCGUGAUAAUGCUAUGACAAUGAUUGCAUGUCGACUUGUUAAACCAUUAGAAUUACUUAGUAAUCGAAAAUUUGAUGAUGAUGAUAUCAACGAUAAUGUUCAAUUAAUUAAAGAAAAACUUGAAGGAAAUCUGGCAGAUGUUACUUCGUUUGAUGAAUAUGCAGUUGAAAUUCGUUCAGGUCGUCUUUCGUGGACACCAGUUCAUCAAUCAGAGAAAUUUUGGAUUGAAAAUGCUGCGAAAUUAAACGAAACAAAUUUUGAAUUAUUGAGAAUGCUUCUUCGUUUACUUGAACAAAGUAAAGACCCAUUAGUUCUGUGUGUUGCUGCACACGAUAUUGGUGAAUAUGUUCGACAUUAUCCACAUGGCAAAAGAGCCAUUGAUAAACUCGAAGGCAAAGUUAUUAUCAUGCGUCUAUUAGAAAAUCCAGAUUCCAAUGUUCGAUAUCAAGGUUUACUUUGUGUUCAAAAAUUAAUGGUUCACAAUUGGGACUAUCUCGGUAAACAAGCGGAUAUGAGUGCGGGAAGUAAUAACAAUUUACCAAGUAAUGGAUUAGGGCAACGACCAGUGGAAUCAAAAGCUUGA